AUUCUCCUCAAGGCAGGCGUGGAGUGUACUUUCCUUCUCGCUUCGGUCUCAUCAGCACCCUCAACCGAACUGGAACUGGAACUGGAAGUCGAACUGGAACUCGGGUUUUUGUUUGUCCGGCGUAUCCUCUCGACAGGUUACCAACUCCACCAGACUGCCACGAAUGAUCUUGCAGUGUAG